CCGCGGCCUGCAAGAGCCGGUUUGUCGCUGUCUGCUCCGGAGAGUGUCGGACCAUGGACGGGCUCCGGGCUAGCGCAGGGCUGCUGAGGCGCGGGCGGCUGAGGCGCCGGCGCCAGCCUCAGCCACACAGCGGGUCGGUCCUGGCCCUGCCCCUGAGGCCCAGGAAGAUCCGAAGGCAGCUGCGGAGAAGUGUCGCGUCCCGCAUGGCCGCGCUGAGGGCCCAGACGCUGCCAAGCGAGGACUCGGAGGACUCGAGAGUGGAGUCGACGGUCGACGGUCCCGUGGACCCGCUGGCUGGCGGGGCGGUGGGCCUUCCGGAUGCCGCCCGGCGGGAGCCAUAUGGCCACCUCGGGCCCGCGGAGCUGCUGGAGGCCUCACCCGCGUCCCGCUCCCUGCAGACUCCCCGAGCCCUGGUGGAGUCGCAGACCCCGGCAGCGCGCUUGGUGGAAGCGCAGACGCCGCCGGCGCGGCUGAUGGAGGGGCCCGCCCUGCCCGCGCGCCUACUGCCGGGUUCGGCGCCGCCCGCGCGCCUGGUGGAGGUGGCUGCUGCGCCGGCCCGCGGGGUGGAGAACUCUACCCUGUUGUGCUCUGCCCAGCACUUGGCGGGCGCCCCGCCGUCCAUGGCUCCUGCGACGCUGUCGGGGCCUCAGGGGGAAAGCAUGAACGGGGAGCUGCCCUGGGACUCCCCUCUGCAGCGCGUCUUGGCCGAGCUGAACCGCAUCCCCAGCAGCCGGCGGCGGGCGGCGCGCCUCUUUGAAUGGCUCAUCUCGCCCAUGCCGCCAGACCACUUCUACCGGCGCCUGUGGGAGCGCGAGGCGGUGCUGGUGCGGCGGCAGGACCACACCUACUACCAGGGUCUCUUCUCUACCGCAGACCUGGACUCCAUGCUGCGCAACGAGGAGGUCCAGUUCGGGCAGCACCUGGACGCCGCGCGCUACAUCAACGGGCGGCGCGAGACUCUGAACCCUCCCGGCCGCGCCCUGCCCGCCGCCGCGUGGUCCCUGUACCAGGCCGGCUGCUCCCUGCGCCUCCUCUGUCCGCAGGCUUUCUCCACCACCGUGUGGCAGUUUUUGGCUGUGCUUCAAGAGCAGUUUGGAAGCAUGGCAGGCUCCAACGUUUACCUCACGCCCCCCAACUCGCAGGGCUUUGCCCCCCACUACGACGACAUUGAGGCUUUCGUGCUGCAGCUGGAAGGUAGGAAACUCUGGCGGGUCUACCGACCGCGGGUCCCGACUGAGGAACUAGCCCUGACAUCCAGUCCAAACUUCAGCCAGGACGACCUCGGUGAGCCGGUGCUGCAGACGGUGCUGGAACCUGGAGAUUUGCUAUAUUUUCCCCGAGGCUUCAUUCACCAAGCCGAAUGCCAGGACGGAGUGCACUCUCUGCAUCUGACCUUGUCCACAUACCAGCGCAAUACCUGGGGCGACUUUCUGGAGGCUGUACUGCCUCUGGCAGUGCAGGCUGCAAUGGAAGAAAACGUGGAGUUCCGUAGGGGACUGCCCCGAGACUUCAUGGAUUACAUGGGGGCCCAGCAUUCGGAUUCUAAGGAUCCGCGGAGAACUGCUUUCAUGGAGAAGGUGCGGGUGUUGGUUGCCCGCUUGGGACACUUUGCACCUGUCGAUGCUGUGGCCGACCAGCGAGCCAAAGAUUUCAUUCACGAUUCUCUGCCCCCUGUGUUGACUGACAGGGAGAGGGCACUAAGCGUUUAUGGACUCCCAAUUCGCUGGGAGGCUGGAGAACCUGUGAACGUGGGGGCCCAGCUGACAACAGAAACAGAAGUGCACAUGCUUCAAGAUGGUAUAGCUCGGCUGGUAGGUGAAGGAGGCCAUUUGUUUCUCUAUUACACAGUGGAAAACUCCCGAGUUUAUCAUCUGGAAGAGCCCAAAUGCUUGGAGAUAUACCCGCAGCAAGCUGAUGCCAUGGAACUCUUGCUUCGCUCCUACCCAGAGUUCGUGAGAGUAGGGGACUUGCCCUGUGACAGUGUGGAGGACCAGCUUUCUUUGGCAACCAUGUUAUAUGAUAAGGGGCUGCUACUCACCAAGAUGCCUCUAACCUGAACUAGUUUCUCUGUUGAUUGCUGGAAACAGGACAGUAGUGAUUUUCUUAUCACUACCACCUUUUUGGAAGGAAAAAAAACUCAUGCUCUUACCUUGAUCACCAUCAGUGUGUUUACAUUUACCUUUAUGACUGCUUCAAUGUCACAGAACUCAGAUGGUCUUCUAGAAACCACCACCUCAUCUAGGCACAAAAGUAAAAGAAGUUGGAGGUGGAAAAAGGAGCUAUUUCUGCAGCAGUAAACUCGAUUCCUGAUCAUUUCAGAGUACCGAAUUCAUCAUCACCCUCAGGCUUAAGCGUACUACGUAGCAUUUGCUGUGUUAUUCUGCUUAAGACAUUAUUAGUUUUUAUUUGGAAUUUGCAUUCUUCAUUUGAGUUCUCUUAGUUUGGGGGGAGGGUUGGGGUCAGCAUCCUGUUCAUAACUGUAAGUUUGUGUGAAUGUUAGAAAAGUUAUUAAAGUGCCAAAGAAUGUUUUC